AUGCUUGCCAUUCUUUUCUCGCUCCUCUUGGCGACACUAACCCUACCAUCCAUUCGGGUUGUCGCGCAACAAGUAAUACCCGACCGGGAAUCCGUGAAGUUUGGCGAGGCAUCCGAUUUUGGCGCCAUUCGCGAUUGUGCGGUCUGUUGCUUUGAAAAGCAGCUAGGUUGUUAUAUGGGCGCAGAAAUCACUAGGGCUGUUGGAUGUAGCCUCAAUUCAUGCAUUUGCAGCCGAACCGAUAUUCGAUUGAUUAUAACGUCUCAUUUACAGUCGUGUGUUUCGAAAAGUUGUUCGGCCGUGAGUGGGGACGUUUCUGUUGCACUUAGUGUAUUUGGUGGAUAUUGCGAUCGAUAUGUUGCCGCUGGAGUUGAUGCCGGAACUACACCAACUGAUGGAGGUGGAGAAGUAAGUCGGGAGACAGUAACAGAGACAAGGACGAUACCGUUGAGUACUUUGACAACUACAUUGGAAAUAGCUACUGUCCGGGUUGCCGCAACAACAAUUACCGUCAAGCCCGAGGAAAGAUUGCCAGGUAGCCAGCCUUCUGACACCGUAACUGUAACUGUGGGAUCUUCCGGUGGAUUAUCGGAAUCCGCAAAAAUUGGCUUAGGCGUGGGACUGGGGAUAGGGAUACCGAUAUUUGCCGUCUCAGCUUUUUUGGCAUACCGCUUUACAAGGGCUCUUACAGCACCACCCGAAAUGCCUCAACCGAUCCAAGGUUCAUAUAUCGGCUAG